CGACCUGGAAUUCCGGCAGGUGGCCGGAUGGCUCCUCAGGGUUCGCCUAUGGGCCCCCCAGGACCCCCGUACGGAGGCAGCCCCCCUGUGCGGCCAGGCCUCCCCCAGGUGGUGAUGGAGCAGUCACGGAAGCGGCCAGCUCCUCAGCAGGUUCAGACUGGUGUCCAGGCUCGAGCCCGCAGUGCGAAGAGAAGAAAGAUGGCGGAUAAGAUCCUGCCUCAGCGGAUCCGGGAGCUGGUGCCCGAGUCUCAAGCUUACAUGGAUCUCUUGGCGUUUGAGAGGAAACUGGACCAAACCAUCAUGAGGAAGCGGGUGGACAUCCAGGAGGCCCUGAAGAGACCCAUGAAGCAAAAGAGAAAGUUGCGUCUGUAUAUCUCCAACACCUUCAACCCGGCCCGGCCCGAAGCCGAGGAUACUGACGGCAGCAUCGCCUCCUGGGAGCUGCGAGUGGAGGGCAAACUGCUCGAGGAUACGGGGAAACAGAAACGUAAAUUCUCAUCGUUCUUCAAGAGCCUGGUGAUCGAGCUGGACAAGGAGCUGUAUGGCCCCGACAACCAUCUGGUCGAGAAGUGGCACCGGACGCCCACAACACAGGAGACGGACGGCUUUCAGGUCAAACGUCCCGGAGACGUGAGCGUGCGCUGCACCCUACUGCUCAUGCUGGACUACCAGCCGCCGCAGUUUAAGCUGGACCCUCGCAUGGCCAGGCUGCUGGGGAUCCACACACAGACGCGCUCGGCCAUCGUCCAGGCUCUGUGGCAAUACAUCAAAACCAACAAACUCCAGGACUCCCACGACAAGGAGUACGUGAGCUGUGACAAGUACUUCCAACAGAUCUUUGAUUGUCCACGAUUAAAAUUCUCCGAGAUGCCACAGAGACUAACCAACCUACUGCUGCCCCCCGACCCCAUCAUCAUCAACCACCUCAUCAGUGUGGACCCCAAUGACCAGAAGAAGACAGCGUGCUAUGACAUUGACGUGGAGGUUGACGACCCCCUGAAAAGCCAGAUGAGCAGCUUCCUUCUGUCCACAGCCAAUCAGCAGGAGAUCGCUGCCCUUGACAACAAGAUCCACGAGACGAUCGAGUCUAUUAACCAGCUGAAGAUACAGAGAGAUUUUAUGCUGAGUUUCUCCCGGGACCCGAGGGUUUAUAUCCAGGAUUGGCUCAAAUCCCAGAGCCGGGACCUCAAGAUAAUGACAGACGUGGUGGGGAACCCGGAGGAGGAGCGAAGGGCAGACUUCUUCCAGCAGCCCUGGUCCCAGGAGGCCGUCAGCAGAUAUUUCUACUGCAAGAUUCAGCAGCGGAGACAGGAGCUGGAGCAGGCCAUGGGCGUGAGGAACACCUAACCAGCCACACAGACUCUCUG